AUCUCAAGAUUCAAAAUUAUUCUCAACAACUGUGUGAGAGAGAAACACAAUGCGACUGAAGAAGCUUCAAGAUUAAUGCUUUACGAUUAGGGUUUCAACAUCAUCAUGGAAGAUAUCUAUGUCUUUGAUUCCAACAAUGACCUUGUAAUUGAAGAUAAGCCUAAAGUAGAGAUAAGGGCAAAGACUUGUAUAGUAAAUUCAGGGAGGAAGAAGCUUGCUGACAUAAGCAACAUGCCGAGUGCACCUACUACUUUGACCCAAGAUAACAAGUCCCGCCCAAAUUCAUCUACCAUGAAAGAUUAUAUAGAGCAGCUCCAAAAGGAAAAUGUAGCACUCAAAAAGCUCUUAGCAGAUAAAAAUAAAAUCAUUGAAAUAAGCGGAGCUGAGCUACAGAAACUUAGGAUGACUCUGCAGAAGAUGCAGCAGCAGAACUUGCAUCUUGCUCAGUCAAAUAGUCAACUGCUAGCGGAUUUGAACUCUGGCAAGGAUAGACUAAAAGAAUUGCAACAUCAGCUCGGAUGCAAAAAUGGUGUGCUCAUAGCAAAAAAGCUGGAGUUAGAGGGAAAAAGGAAAACCAAAGCAUGUGAAACAGAUGAAACCAAGAAGGCGAAAGUAUCCAAGCAUGAAGAGAUCGGAGUUUGUACGGUUCCCGAAAGCAGCAAAGACCAACAGUCAAACACAAAUGGAAGACAUAAAUCCAAAAGUUUAUGCUCUGCGGUUAAAAAGAUUCAGGAGAAGGAUGCGGGUGACAAUGAGAGGUCGGUAGCUAGAAGGCAAUCUGCUCGGUUUAAACAUGAUGAACCGAAACCCGCAGAGGACACGUUCCAUACAGACGAGAUUGAUGAUAAAAUGCAAGUGGAUGAUAUUGCCGUUUCUGUUAAAAAGGAAGAUGAUUCGUUACCAAAUAAAGUUAGUCAAGAAGGUAGAAGAUCGUCUAUUUCAAGGCCGUCUCGUGAAGUAACUAAGAAGGUUCAGUCUUAUAAGGAAAUCAGCGUCAACGUAAAAAUGCGCAGACCUGAGUGAGCAUUUUUUGAACUACUUGGUUUGAAUUCUUUUGUAAAAGAUCCUUUAGUGAAUCUGUAUGAUGUUAUCAGUAGAUAAACUGAUAUAUUAGCUAUAAGGUAGCUGCUCUGAAGAUGGUAUAGUUUGAUUAUAAGUUGUAUGUUGAUCACUCAUUUUGCAUAUCUGUUGCCAUUUAAAACC